AUGAGCGAACUGUCCAAAGCAAUAAUCACCAAUGGUAGAGCGCCACCAUACAAUGCUCUCUGUAAAGCAUAUCAAAAGUUCUUCGAGGCGAGGGCCGAAGAACCCGGUAUCAUAACGGAGUUUCACGCGAAGCAACUUGUCACCACUUAUGACUAUCUUCGAAAGCACAAAGGAGACGAAGACGUCGACAGCAAGGAAUUAGGAUCUAUCAACUCCAAGGAGUUCAUGGAGCUAACUCUCUACGUUCUUUCGCAAGCAAACUGCCACGGCAGCUCUCACCAGUAUAUCCGCCGCUUAGCAAACAACGCCUACCGAGUAUUAUCCACUGCAGCUACAGACGAGUCAGGUGAAAUAAGUGGUGGUGCUUUUCUCGCCUGGAUUCGUAUCAAUGCAUUUUACGGCAAUCCCUACCAGGCCCGCACAGCACUUAUGAAGGAAUGGCCCAAGGUACAAAACUGGCCAGACCUUGAGGGCCAGGGGUCACCCUGGCUUUGGAUACUGCACGGCAUGGCAUUGGAUAAGGAUGCGGCCGAAAUGGCAAAAGCGAUAAAAGACUGGUACACAGGUGGAUAUUUUGAGCUCACUCCGCCGCAACAUCAAGAAUUGGUAAUCACGCUCCUCGACCAGGGACAACUUGAUGCUGCUAAAGUAAUGCAUAACUGCCCUAUACCAGAAGGUGAACCGACAAUCAUCGCUACAAGUGCCAUUACGAGAGCGUGUCUUCUCAAUGGUGACAAGACUGGAGCAGACGAUAUUUUUAAUCGGUUGACGAUCUUUUCCCCGAGUGCAGAGACUCGAGAUGUUUUAUUGUUGAUGGCGGCUGCAAACGGCAAAGAUGCUCAUGCAUUAGCUCGCGACCUCAACAACUGGUGUAUAGAAGAUCCUUCCGUUCGUGACGGGCUUUCUAUAUCUUGUGUAAACGAUGUCAUUCGAUACGCAUACGUGAUUGAGAACAAAAAGCUUGCCGUCAAUUAUUCCAGUUUGAUUUCUACAUGGGAUUUGAAGUCAGAUCUGGAGACUCAACUUCUUCUUGAAUUAGAACCGCGGAUCCAAGACUCGGAUAUUGAUGGAACAGUCAAAGCAUUGAAUGAACUUGAAGAAAGCGACGUUUCCGCAAACAUUGCUCUGCGAAUGAGAUAUCGCCUUAUCAAGAUGCUAUGUUCGGACCCGAACAAUGACGAUGCCUUUGACCAAGUGUCGAAGCUGCUGGAUCCACUUAUUCGGGAUGGGAUACAGUUAGAGGCAGAAUUACUCGCUGUGUUGACUCGUGCAUUGGCAUAUCGUCAUGACUGGGAAGCGCUUUCCCAGCUGUUGCGGCCUCGUAUAGGUUCCUAUUCUAUGCACGACGAACGCCCGUUGAUACAAAAUGCUUUGCUAGAUUUCAUCCGUGAUAAGGAGCAAGAAAAGGAGGCAGUCUGGGAUGCAUAUGACCUCACGAGAAUCGCAUUUCCGGAAAUUUCCGCUGAACACAGGAUUGAAAUAAUGAAUCUCUUUUUCACUUAUGGAAUGGUUGAAGAGGCCUGUCAAGUCUUUGGACAUAUGCGACAUGCCCCAACACCAGCUCAGCGCCCAACCUCCGAAGCAUACAUAACAUGUUUCCUCGGUCUUGCGCGAGCAACCGCCUGGGAUAACACCAAACUUAUCCGCAAUAUGCUCAAACUUGACGUCAACAUUGAAGUCGAUACUCGAGUACGAAACGCUGUCAUGCUUGCACUCGCCGCCUGCGAACGAUCAGAAGAAGCCAUGGACGAGUUCAAAGAGAUCCUCCGUUCGGACGAAGGACCCUCCCAAAACACCUUAGUCAUCUUCUUUAAGGCGUGCGAAUCAGAUCCAAACGGUGUCGUGGAAGCGAAUAAGAUGCUUGCCAAGAUUACCGCGUUGGAUAUUUCGAUUGAUCGAUCACUGUAUCUCGCUUAUAUUAAAGCUCUUGCAGCGCAGGGCGAACGCGAGUUGAUAAUUGAAGCAUUGAACAAGACGGAGACUAAAAUCGGUCAACAGCCUGAUCAAGACAUGAUCGCCAGAAUAUACAACGCCUGCGCUCACGAACACGCCAAAGAAGGAGUUGAAGAAUGGGCCAAAGAGAAUCACCCGACUAUCUGGCAAGAACUAGAAAAUGUCUCUCGCACCGAGACGGAAGCAGGUAUUCGUCUUGAAGGAUUUGAGGAUGAUUAUAAUGUAUUGUUGUAA